AUGGCAUCUUCACGUCUUCUCUCUCAAUGCUUUAGGUCUCGUAUUAUUCGACAACCAUUCCUGGUACAACGACGUCCAAUAUCAUGCACCCCGCCAAGAUGGGAGAGACCAAUAUUAACACGCAUCCGGGCUUCAAAAAUGUACCGCAAACUUGCGAAACAUCCAGAUGCCACCGCAGCGGUUGAACGCUUCGCUAUUAUGCUUGAAGACCAAGGUAUCGACCUGGCAAAAGGACAUGAGGUAUCAACGUUGGACUUGUUUCGAUUGGCAGCAAACGCAGAAUUUCGCAAGGCGCAGAAAGAUAUGUUUGACGAGCUGCAAAAGGCUGGUUUUGACGCAAAGAAACUCUACGAGGAGUGGGUGACGAGCUCUAGUGCCAAAUCCAAGUAA